GGAUUGGGAGAAUGUUUAUUGUAUGGGAUCGUGUGGAUUGGAACGAGAUCAUUUCGUAUCUCAAAAGGAAAAUAAUAUAUUUACCGAUGUACAGGAAGUAGCCGAUAUACAUGAACAGGAGGCAGAGGAGGAAACGAGCAACAAAAAAUGA